UCAAAGUUCUGUUGAAGCCCGAGCUUCAGCUUCUUCGAUUCAGCCUGCUUCCGGGCGCUACUGCGCUUUCGCGUGAGGCCUCCGGCCAUGGUGUUCACCGGCAUCGUGGAGGAGAUGGGGACGGUGAUGAGCGUGGAGCGCAAGGCCGCCUUGGAGAUGUGGGACGGAACGAAGUCCGAGGGCUUUGUGCUGAGAAUCGCCUGCAAGGUUGCCUUGCAAGGGGCCUACAUUGGCUGCAGCAUUGCGGUGAACGGGACCUGCCUCACCGCCACGCAGUUCGACGACAAGGCCUUCGAGGUGAACUGCGCGCCCGAGACUCUGCGACGCACGGAUUUGGGGGACCUCAAGGCGGGGGACUUCGUGAACCUGGAGCGGUCCAUGGCCGCCUCGGACCGGAACUCGGGGCACUUUGUCCAGGGCCACGUGGAUGAAGCUGGGACCAUCCUGAAGUUCACACCGGAGGGCGACUCUUUGUGGGUGCGCAUCUCGCUGAGUGACGAGAUCUUGCCAUCCGUCAUUGAAAAGGGCUACAUCGCCGUGGAUGGCACCAGUCUGACGGUCUGCCAGGUGAACCGCAAGGAGAAGUGGUUCAACCUCAUGCUGAUUUCGCACACCCAGAAGUGCAUCGUCAUCCCUAAGAAGAAGGUAGGCGAACGAGUGAACCUUGAAGCCGACUGCCUGGGCAAGUACGCCGCCUCGGCGGCUUCCCUGGCCGCCGGCGCGGUGCGGGAAGAGCUGCGGGAGGUGCGGCGGCAGCUGCGCUGGACGCAGGUGGUUGCGGCCCUGUGCUCAGCUGCUCUGGUGGCGAGAGCGCUGCGAGGAAAGUGAGCCGCGGCGGAUGUACAAAGCAAGAGGGACUUUCAAGCAAGUCCGCUUCCCUUUUUCUGCAGCUCAAACCUCCGACGAGGGCGAGUCGCGCACAGUUC